AUGGAGUACAAAAUAUUGGAUUCUACUUCUAUUUUACUAUUUUAGUACAUGAAGGGCAUUACUAAGGGUCUUACUAAGUAGAAAUAAAAGUGGUGUUAUUUUUUUGUAAACGGCUGUUUGGAAAACCAUUAUGAAAUAUUAAAAUUAAUCUAUACAUAUACAUAGAUUCUAAUAAUUUUUACUUUUUUAUAAAUAUAAUUUGUCUAUUGUAGUAUUAAAAAAAGGUACUCUAUUUAAGAUUGAUAUUAUUAUCACAAAAGUGUAUAUAUCUUCUUGAAAAUUCUUUACUAGUAUAUCUAUAAAAUUGAUAUAGUACAUAAUUUGGUAAAAUAAAAUAUUACUAUAAUUCUUUAAAAUUUGAUACUUUAGGAAAAUGACUCACUUAUGGUGGUAAAGAGGGAUUAUAUAUAUGUUUUCAACUUUUGUCUUCUAUAGCCAGCAUAUUGAGUACCCUUAUAUCGUUACAAUUUCUGGCUUCAAUACGAGAGAUGAAGUGUACAAUUUAAAAAAAUUCUCACACAAUUCAAAAGGAAGCUAAAAAUAUAAGUAGAAAAAGGUAUUUAACUAUUUAUGCAGCAUGCAAAAUUUGCAUGAAAAAUCAGUUACCCAUGAGUGCGACCCACAUCACAGCUGGUGCCAAAACCUUCAUAUCUUGUGCAUGAAUCUUCAUCUCAUAUACAACCAACCAAUCUCUCCAAACCACACAAAAUCAUGAAGAUCAUAAUCUCAACGAAACUCUGCAAAUUCACCAUAGACGUUAGCACCCAUGAGCCAAUCCUGGAAAUAAAAAACAAAAUCCAGGGGCUCCUGGGAAUCCCUGCCCAGUCCCAGACCCUGACGGUCUGGGACUGGGAGCUAAUCGACGGACUCGACCUAGAAGACUACCCCCUCAUCUCAGACGGGACCAACAUCAACCUCUCUACCACGAGCGCCAAAAUGAAGAUCACGGUCAAAUUCUCAGCAAGGAAGAUGGAGGUGGAGGCGGAGCAGAGCGACACGGUGGGGAGGCUGAGAGAGAAGAUCCACAUGAUGGAGCGGACACCGAUGCGGAGGAUGGCGCUGUUCUUCAAUGGGGCAGAGAUGGAGGAUGAUUUGAGGAGUUUGAGGGAGUAUGGGGUGGGAGGGGGCGGGGAGGUGGUGGUGCUGAUGAAGGCGAUGGGGGAGGCGACAUCGAGGAGGGUGGUGGUGGUGGUGCAGACGUCGGCUAGCUUGAUGGACGGGGCGAGGAUUCCGGUGGAGGUGAAGGAUUCGAGUAGGGUUGGGGAGGUGAGGGAGAUGCUGGUGGAGAGGAAACUGCUGCCGUUGGAUGAGUAUAUACUUAUACAUAAGCAGAGGAUUAUGCGUGAGGAUUUUAGCCUGCGUUGGCAUGGUGUCGAGACUGGUGAUGUUUUGUAUGUUUUCAAGGGAAGCGUUAGCCGCGCUGGGAUCUAACCUAGCCUAUUCAUUGAAAUGUGUUGUGGAGAAUAGAUAUGAAGGAUUGUUAAAUAAUUAAUCCCAAUUUUUUGGGUUAUAAAUUAAUCAUGAGUUGGA